AUGAAAAUCGUAGUUAUUUCGCAUUACACGGCAGAGGCCAAGGUUCCGGCAGAAGCCGCCGAGCAGCACCCGGGAGGUAAACCGCAGGCCGAUCGCAAGGUCACAGGGAUUCAAGAAAAAUCGGCAACCAAAACAAGACAAGCGGGAGGACAUCCUCGCACACGACAGGAUGUUAGACCGAGCACAACCGAGGAAUCCCUCCGGAAAGAACCACUCUAUGACAUCGGUCCGCAUUCGUCACUCAUCCCGGAGCAGGACUUAUUCUGUCAGAAUUUUGAGUUUUCGGGGUUUAUUCCGCUGGUCCAUGAGACGUACGAGAAACUCCGAGGCGUGGAUCCCAGAUUACAGGACAGACUACAAGCUUCGAUGUUCAUGCAUGCUAUGUCUACAUAUCUAAAUUUAGAAUUGAUUGAAACAGCCAGGAAAACCGGCCAACACGUUUUGAAUAUAAGAACUGACGUCCGAGAAAUACUAGCGGAUUAUCAAGUCAUUCCACAACCGAUCGCUGAUUACAUAUCACAUGUCACCAGUGUAAUCACUCCAGACGGCAGAGAGGUGAAGUUCAAUCUUCCGGAGAUAGCCAUUUCGCAAGGUCCAGGGUCAGAGUCAGGGAAGGAAUCCAGAUUGCACCAAGUGGAACUUUCGGACAGU